CAAUGAUCAUUUGUUGGAAAAAGGUAUAUAAUCAUCACGCUCAAACGAUGGCGUACGCUCAACAAUGGCGUUGUGUUAAUCAUAGUCAUCGGGGAAGCAUACCAUUCGCCGUGGAUAGUUCGCCGCUUAGUUUUGCAUGGUUCCAUUCCAUCAAAUCAACCCGAAAACCCGAAGCCCGACCCGUUCUUGCAGCCUUCCUGAACCCGAAGUUACUAACAUCUUCUUCACUCCAUUAUCGAAUUAUACUGUGAUUUGAGAACAAUUUCACUGCUAAGUGCUAACUUAUUUUUAUUCUUUUAUUUCUUUAUUCUUCUUUUGUGAAUGAAACUCGUGAAUUUUAUUGUAUUCUAUGAGCUCAAUUAGUUGAAGCCAUAAUUUGAUACCUGGAUCCAAGACUGUGACUUUCUUGCGGGCCUACAAGCUUGUAGUUUGAAGAUGGCGUGGUUUGGUGGUAAAAAUACAUGGGGGAACUUUCCUGAUUUGGCGGGCGCGGUGAAUAAGCUUCAGGAGAGUGUGAAGAAUAUUGAAAAGAAUUUCGAUACUGCUCUUGGUCUCGAAGAGAAGUCUGAAUCCAGCCAUGAAGCAGCAGGUUCAUGGCCUUUAGUGGCAGACAGGAAAACGCUAUUUAAUCCUGUCAUGGCAUUUAUGGGGAAUAAAAGUGAGGAAAAUACUGAAGAAAUAUCUGGGGAACUUAAAUCCUCUGAACAGGAACCUGGAACUGUGAAAUCAUUGAAACAGUCUCAGUCUCUGGAUCAUCUAUCUGUAGCUGAGGGUAUAGAAAGCCUUGAAGCUGAUAAGGCAGUCCAGACUGAAACUGAUAAGGCUACCCGAACUGAAACUGAAGAAAGUACUGCCAAGGAUGAAAAUAAAGCACAUGAGGUAGAGGAACAUGGUGACCAUGGAGAGUCAAUAGAUGGAACGGCCACAUUGAAUCCAGAAGAAGGAAAGUCAGAACUUCCCUUACCAGAAGUGCCUGCAGAGCUUUCUGAAUCCAUUGUUCAGAAUGUUGAGAGUGCUGUUUCUAUCAAUGAACCUCAAGAGAGUGAGACUGCUGAAGUUAAAGCCUCUACAAGUCCAGAGACAUUACAACACAUGCCUGUUCAUUUUCGGGAGGAUCAAGCUGCAGGUAGUACUUUUGAGCCUGGUGAGUCAGAUGGUCUUAUUGAAGUGGGGGAGAAUUUUCAAGAGAGAACCAGUGAGGAGAGUAGAGAAGAAGGGAGGUUGAAAGCAGAGGAGAGUAUGGAAAGAGUUUCUGUUUUUCAACCUGAGUCGUCCAGUGACAGCAAGGAAGGGGAUGAUAACACACCUUCCGUGUUACAUACUGUGGCAUCUGAAGAAAUAGAUAGUGUUGGUCAAUCCAGUUCUAUUCCAUCAUCGUCUGAGGUGGCACCUGCUUUAGUUUUACAUGAAAAUGAAGCAACUGCUAAUCAAAAUGAAGGUGAAUGCUUAUCCAAUGAUGAUGAAUCUGACAUGAAAGAGCGGUGUUUGAGUUCUGUCACAACCAUGUUAGAAUCAGAUUCUGUGCUUGAACUGGAGAGAGUGAAGAGGGAGAUGAAAAUGAUGGAAAAUGCCCUACAAGGUGCUGCAAGACAAGCUCAGGCUAAAGCUGAUGAGAUUGCAAAAUUGAUGAAUGAAAAUGAACAAUUAAAAUCAGUGAUUGAGGAUUUAAAGAGAAACUCCAAUGAGGCUGAAAUUGAAACUCUUCGAGAGGAAUACCAUCAGAGGGUUGCAACUCUUGAGAGAAAGGUGUAUGCUCUCACUAAGGAAAGGGAUACUCUUCGUCGAGAGCAGAGUAAAAAAAGUGAUGCAGCUGCUCUCUUGAAGGAAAAGGAUGAAAUAAUUAAUCAAGUUAUGGCCGAAGGGGAAGAGCUUUCCAAAAAGCAGGCUGCUCAGGAAUCUACAAUCAGGAAACUGAGGGCUCAGAUUAGAGAGCUUGAGGAGGAGAAGAAAGGUUUGACCACUAAACUUCAGGUGGAGGAGAAUAAAGUAGAAAGUAUCAAGAGGGAUAAGAUGGCUACAGAAAGUUUGUUGCAAGAAACAAUAGAGAAACACCAAGCAGAACUUGCAGCUCAGAAAGAUUAUUACACCAAUGCUUUGGCUGCUGCUAAGGAGGCUGAAGCAUUAGCAGAAACACGCAUCAACACAGAAGCAAGGAUUGAGCUGGAGAGUCGUCUAAGAGAGGCUGAGGAACGUGAAUCAAUGCUGAUCCAGGCACUUGAAGAAUUGAGGCAAACGUUAAGCCAAAAAGAACAGCAGGCAGUGUUUAAAGAGGACAUGCUGCGAAGGGACAUUGAAGAUCUUCAAAAGCGUUAUCAGGAAAGUGAAAGACGAUGUGAAGAAUUGAUUGCUCAAGUGCCCGAAUCAACUAGGCCACUUUUAAGGCAAAUUGAAGCCAUACAGGAAACAAAUGCCAGGAGGGCAGAAGCUUGGGCUACUGUUGAGAGAACCCUUAAUUCUCGAGUUCAGGAAGCAGAGGCUAAAGCUACUGCUGCAGAGGAAAGAGAACGAUCCAUGAAUGAACGUUUAUCUCAAACCUUGUCUCGAAUUAAUGUCCUUGAGGCUCAGAUUUCUUGCCUUCGGGCAGAACAAGUUCAGUUAAGUAGGUCCCUUGAAAAGGAGCGACAAAGAGCAGCUGAAAACAGGCAGGAAUACCUUGCAGCAAAGGAGGAAGCUGAUACUCAAGAAGGUCGUCUGAGACAACUUGAAGACGAAAUUAGGGAACUGCGGCAGAAGCACAAGCAAGAGUUGCAGGAGUCAUUGAGGCAUCGGGAACUUCUACAGCAAGAGAUAGAAAGAGAAAAGGCUGCUCGAGCAGAUUUGGAGAGGAGUGCCCGUGUAAAUUCUGCUCUAUCAUCGGAUCAAACUCCUAAUAUGAAGAAAAACUAUGCUUUUGAAAAUGGCAGCCUAUCUCGGAAAGUCUCUAAUGCUAGCUCCCUUGGGAGCAUGGAAGAAAGCUACUUUCUGCAGGCAUCCUUGGACUCAUCUGAUAGUUUCUCUGAGAGAAGAAACCCUGGAGAGUAUAAUUUGAGUCCUUACUAUAUGAAGAGCAUGACAACUAAUUCUUUUGAAGCUGCAUUGCGUCAAAAGGAGGGUGAACUUGCAUCAUAUAUGUCACGUUUGGCAUCAAUGGAAUCUAUACGUGAUUCUCUUGCGGAGGAGUUGGUCAAAAUGACAGAACAGUGUGAAAAGCUACGUGGAGAAGCUGCCACGUUGCCUGGUCUACGAGCAGAGCUAGAAUCACUGAGGAAGAGGCACUCUGCUGCUUUGGAGUUAAUGGGUGAACGUGAUGAGGAGCUGGAGGAACUUCGUGCGGAUAUUGUGGACUUGAAGGAAAUGUACAGGGAACAAGUUGACUUGCUUGUGAACAAGAUCCAAAUUAUGAACUCAUCAGCCGAUAUAGCUUUAUAGGGAUAAACACAGUGGGGAAAGGAAAUUAUUUGGGAUCGUCAUAUCUUGAGCUUUGUGUGAUGUCAAUAGGAUAGUUUUGUAUUGGAGUUUAAUGCCUUAGGUCUCUGGGGAUUGUUUGGUCGGAUCAAUUGAAUGGAAGAUGUAUAUUUUUUGUUGUUCUUGUCAUAGUAACGGAUAGACGAAACUACCCCUGCUAAAUGUAUCAUGUAUAUUCAAUCUCUUUAUACCUCAUUCAACGUUCUCAUAGUCAGUCAAUGACAUUCUAAAGAUUUUGAGUUGAGGAUUUUUAUUUUUAUUUUUUUCAUUUUAUACUCAUCAAUACGUAUGUAAAAUUUAUAACAAAUAUACUAUUCAUUAUUCAUACGUGCAAUUUAAACA